CUCCCUACCUACCUACCUAGUAGCUAAGUAAACGCGCUCAUAUUCACCCUCAACACGCGCACUCUCUCUAUGUCAUUGACCUUUAUUCUCACACGCGCACUCUCUCUAUGUCCUCGACCUUUCUUCCCAUCUUGAACUCAUCAAUUCUUUCCAACCAUUUCCCUCCACCUCCACCUCCACCUCUCCCUCCACCUCCACCUCCACCUCUACCUCCACUUCUACUUCUACUUCUGUAUCUGUUCUUCUUAACCACUGUUCUUUUAAUUUGUAACCUCGUAUCACAUCUUCUAGAAACAUACGUGGGAACACGUAUGGUCCCGCGGGUAAACGCAUGGGAAGGAUACCUACCACCAAUUUUCAGAGCCUUGUGGUGCAGUGCUGCACUUUCAAUAAUUUCCCAGCACAUUAGGCCAUCUCCCCAUUCACCAUGUCACAGCAACCUCCAUCGCCUGCUGAUCACUCCAAUGCAAUUGCAAAUCUCAAUGAAGAAAUAAGUUUCCAAAGAGUUUUGUUAAUUUCCUUGGACGAUUCUGCAGAAGAUCAAUCAUCGCGCAAAGUAGAAAUUGAGGCUGAGAUUGUCAGUCUUCAAAAACAACUCGAAAAUCUCUCGGGCAUUCAAGCCGCCGUAUCCACACACACUCGAGCACCUUCUAUUUCGCAUAACAGCUCGAAUGGACGCCCGUCUGCUAUAAGUCAUUCAAGGAUGGACAACACACAUGGGCGGGCAAGUAAUGGAGGCUAUCAAUGUUAGUUUCAUCCGGUUCCUUUACUUUAGGCACAAGGCUAUGGCGAUCAAUUCACUCACAAUUUUGAUUCGCCUUCAAAUUUUCCUCUACUAGCACGGAGAAUAUCUUGUUACAUUAUAUUACGCUUUCCUGAGCCCCAUUUUCAACUAAAUCUGACAAUCAGUGUUAACUUUCGCUACAGUCAAAAAAGAAGGCGGGUCAAUGGAGUCGUUAUCCUCCACAGCUUCGACACCUGGUUCUGGAGUGUCGAUGGCUGAAUCUUCCAGUUCAACUCGAGUCGAUCUACCUACUCGAAAGCGCAGUCAUAGCAAGCAUCUAGAUGCAUUUGUACCCUUUGAAGAAACCAAAUCUCGUCGAACAACACCGAGUCCUUUCGCGACAGGUGUAACAACUCCUUCGGGAAGCUCUGGGUAUGGAUAUAAUGCAAAUGGUGAUGGCUACUUUGACCUCACUAUGUCUGUCUCUCACUCCUUAGUCAACAAUGAAACUCAUGGAUUUUUCAUUGCAUCUAAAAUAACAAGCGGAAUGUAUAUACUAACACGUUGAAUUUUUAGGGAUGAUGAUAUAAUAUUUGACCCUUCCUACACCAUACUCCAGAGACAGGAGGAGCAAAGAUUACAGCGGGAGAGAAAAGAUGCAGAGUAUGCUAGUACCCUUGCAAAUUCAAAUAACUUUGUCUCAAGCAAUCCUAUCACUAGCUCGAAGCCUUCGGCCUUUAGUAAAAUGCUGGGAGUCCAUUUACAAGCUUCUACCUCUCGUGAGAAUCAGAUAACUAAACCCUCCGCUAUAUCAAAUGUCUAUGGUUCUCACGCUGGCAGUUCGUCGGCCAGGAGCCUUCCUUGGAAAAUGGCCCCCAAUCCCGUUUUUAAAGCCGAGCCACAAACAUCAACUUCCUCCCAACCUUUAGAAUUCUCUAGCACAGGCCUUGGUGGAGCCAGAGGUAAACACCAGGAAGGGGCUGCUACUGCCACAGACUCCAGUUUUACAUCAAAGCAAACAGCAACCAUUCCUGGUGCCUAUAUUGAAGAGUCCGCUAGUGAUUCAGAGCUUGAAAUCAUUGACCCUUCGGCAUUUAAAGAUAAUGGUCGACAGAGAGCCUUAGCUGUGAAGACAGCGAACGCCUAUAGUCAUCAAGGUUCAAUUUAUUCAUCGAGCACCCGCGCUUUAGGAGAGAGAGCUCUUAGUCACCCAAAAACCAGCCGGCAGAAUUAUCUACACGAAAACAAUCGUGGAAUAUCUGGCUCGGUAGUAAGCUCUGCUAAUGGAAUGAAUAAUUCUUUGCCCCAGUGGGUGAGGCGUGGAACCGGAACUGCUCCUAACGAUAUGGAUACUACACAGCUAGCAUUCUCCAUGGAUAUGAAACCCUCAACCGCCACGUUCAACAGUUCAGGUACCUCUGGCGUGCAAGGCUUUGGUCGCCCUAAUACCACGAUGGCUCUUCAUGAUCAACCGCACCCUCUUCCAGGAAAUGGCCUUCCAGGAUCAUUCUCUGGCAGUAUGCAUUCUGCGCAUUUGCGUGCCAGUAUACAUGGCGCAAGCUCGGGGCUCACUGUCGACUCUUUACCAAAAUAUGGCAUGGGUGAAACUAAUCUCAACUCCCUACAACACGGCACGGCGGAUAACAUGGGCAAAUUCUCAGACUUUGGAUCGGAUUUUAGCUUUUUCGAUCGCUCCUUAUAUACCGCUGAGAUGACGGAUCAAAUGGAUCAUGUCAUCAACGAUCCGAGAAAAACAGAAAGGGAGAUCAAAGAUUUGUUGGAGAACAUCAAAGCUGAAAUUGAAAUUCCGCUGGAGAGCCGAGAGGGAACCCCUGAAGGAUUAAGAUAUCCCUUGGUAGUCCAUCCAUCAUUGGAGUCUGUCAGGAGUUCUUGCUAACUUGAGAUUAGUAUGAGCACCAAAAAAUUGCUUUGACAUGGUUGAAACAAAUGGAAGAGGGUACUAACAAAGGAGGUAUUUUAGCAGACGAUAUGGGUCUAGGCAAAACAAUUAGUACUUUGUCACUCAUAUUGUCACGACCAUCAGCCGACCGUGCUUGCAAGGUAUGUCGUUUGGCAAAACAUCAGGGCCAUCUGCUGAUAACAUUUAGACUACACUAAUAGCUGCGCCUGUUGCGCUUCUCCGUCAAUGGGGUAGCGAAAUAGAUACGAAGACAUUACCGGCCCACAAACCCAGCGUCUACAUGGCCCAUGGAAACAGCAAGAAAGCGACUUGGGACGAUCUUCGACAGUAUGAUGUAGUCCUAACAACUUAUGGGACUCUGGGUGCGGAAUAUACUCGCCUUCUAAAGUUCGAAGAGGAAUGCAAGCAGAAGGGAAUUGUCGACCCAGAUGCGAAACAAAUGGCCAAAGACUUUCCUUUUUUGGGUCCGAGGAGCAGAUUCUAUCGUGUGGUCCUCGACGAAGCACAGUGCAUCAAAAAUAAAAGCACCAAGGCAGCGUCUUCAGCUUGUAGAUUAAGAGCCCUGACUAGGUUUUGCCUCACCGGCACACCGAUGAUGAACAACAUUACGGAACUUUAUUCAUUAAUCAAAUUUUUGCGAAUACGACCUUACAACAGUUGGGCCUCCUUUGUCAAAGUAUGUAUAAGGCCUGGCUCGCAAACUGGAGUAUUUUGUUAACAGUGGUAGGAUUUCGGCUGUCUUUCGAAGGGAAGUUACUCAGAUAAACAUAUUCAGAUAACCAUGCAACGCCUACAAGGUGUAUUGAAGGCAAUCCUCCUCCGAAGGACGAAGAAAUCCGAGAUUGAUGGGAAACCUAUCAUCGUCUUACCACCAAAAGUUGAAGAAAUUGAUCAUGUUGUUUUUAGUAAAGAUGAGUGGGACUUUUACGAAUCUCUCAGGGACAAGACCAAGCUUCAAUUCAAUAAGUACAGAAAGGCUGGAACGGUCGGGAAGAAUUACUCAAAUAUCCUUGUCUUGCUACUUCGCCUUAGACAAUGCUGCUGCCACCCUCAUUUGAUUAUUGAUCUUGAAGCAGCAGCCGGCUCGGCAGAGCUUACGGAGGAUCAGAUGAUUGAACGUGCCUUAGCCCUCGAACCAGAUGUGGUGGCGAGACUCCUUGCUGCAGAUGGGUUUGAAGUAAGUUGAUUGAUAUUGAUCUGGAAAUGGCUUAGCUAACAGCUCAAGUGCAAUAUAUGCUACGAUGCAACCCCAAAUCCCAGUAUCAUCAUCCCUUGUGGACAUGAUAACUGCCACGAUUGCUUGAUGUUGAUAUCCGAGCAGGCGAAGCAAGAAGCGCAAGGCAAUGACGAAGGUCGCGCCACAGUCAAAUGUCCAAGCUGCCGUGGAAAGCUUGACAUGGCAAAUCUUAUUGACUACAGAACUUUCAGAAAGGCACAUAUGCCACCGGUCAAGCUCGAGGGAGAAGAGAAUGUCGACAGCGUCAGCGACCUUAGUGAUGUAAGCACCGAUAGUGACAGCGACACAGACUUUGACUCUGGUGUCGAUACUAAACUUGAUGAUGUUGACGAAAAUGGCAACUUGGACGGUUUUAUUGUGCCUGAUGAUAUCGAGGAUGAUGAGGCUGAGCAAGAGGAUGAUGAGGCUGAGCAAGGUGAUGAUGAAAUUGAUGAAAUUGAUGAUCUUGAUGAUCUUGAUGAUCUUGAAUUGGGCGUUCUCGAAUCCAAGCCAAAGUCGGAGUCCAAAACCAAACCUAAGAACAAGGAGAAGAAAAAUAAGGGUAAAGGGAAAAAGGUCGAAAAGCAGAAGCAGCAUCUUUCGAUUGCCAUGAUGAAGAAAGAGGCUUCCAGAUCUAUUGCAGGCCACAAGAAGUACAUGAGGUAUCUUCGAAAGAAUUGGCAAUCGUCAGCAAAAGUCGAUAAAUGCGUAGAACUUCUCGAGACAUUUCAAACAGAAGGUGAGAAGACAAUCAUCUUCAGCCAGUUUGUGACCUUUCUCGAUCUUCUUCAGGUGCCCAUUGGAGAAAAGGGUUGGAAAUGCGAGCGUUAUGAUGGUAGCAUAAAUGCAAAACGCCGAGACGAUGCAAUCAAGCAAUUCACAAACAAACCUGAUUGUAAUAUCAUGCUUAUUUCUCUGAAAGCCGGUAACGCGGGGCUCAAUCUUGUCGCCGCAUCUCGAGUUAUUAUCCUUGACCCUUUCUGGAAUCCUUUCAUUGAAAUGCAAGCAGUAGACCGUGCUCAUCGCAUUGGGCAAAUGAAAUCGGUUCAGGUCCAUCGAAUUUUGAUAAAGGAUACAGUUGAAGAUCGAAUUAUGGCGUUGCAAAAGCACAAGAAGGAGUUGGUGGAGUCUGCACUCGAUGAGGGUGCUAUGAAAACCGUUGGGAGACUGGAUGAAAGGCAAUUGGCUUUCCUUUUCGGUGUCUGAGCCAAUUGAGGAUUCUCCUUUGACUCACGUAUGUGCUCGAUUGCUUUUUUCGAAAUGGAUGUAUAAUAGUUAUGAGGCGUCUUGUGAAGCUCAUGAUCACGAUUGGCUGGUCCUCUCUUUCUUUGCACGAAUCGGCAUAACGAGCAGAAUCAAAGGAAGGCAAAAUUUUGGGAUGAAAUGGAAUGUUCAAAUAUACCGGGAGGGGAGAAUAUGGUCUGCUUUCAUUUCUUGUCUUUUGUUGCUUCUUCCUGACCGAUUUUGACACCCUAUCACCAUGGAGUUCGCAAAUGGAUCUGGAUGGAUGAAUUUACGAUGGACCACGAGGAAUGGCAAGUUAAGAUGGCAUGUUGGUAUUCUUUUCUGUUUUUUACACCACUUUAAUUUCUUUUAAUCUUGUUGAAGGAGUUGUUCACAAACAAUUGUAAAGUAAUGAUGGAGCUGCGGAGCUGCAGACUUAGGAAACUAGACACAAGAUAAUAUAGAUACAAAUGCAGAUUUGAGAAAUUGCAUAGAUGUCUAGAUUUUCUAGGUAUCAAGGAAAGUAUCCUGAGACGGGGACGAGGGAGAGAAGGGGGGAUAUGUACCUACCUACAUACAUGUGCAUCAUACCGUGGCAUAAU